CACCCCCCACUUCCCAUUUGGUCUCGGGCCUAACUGACCUGGUCCGUUGCUUGCUGGUCUCCUUCAGACGCGCUCCGGUGGGUGCUUGAGACGGUGGUGUUCUGGUGGUAGUGCAGUGAAGCGUGUCGAUAACUCGAAAGAACUUUACCAUCGAAGUUUAAGACCUACUUCGACAACUUUAGGCACCCACCACCAACAUGCCCGGCCACGUCAAGAAGAGCACGGGUCCUGACCCAGACCCCACCGAGUUUUUGUUCAUUUCUAGGGAGAUGAGAAUAAAGGAUCAAAGCAAGCCAUACGACGCGAAGAAGUCCUGCUGGGUUCCACACCCGACGGAGGGUUUCAUCGAGGGCUUGAUUACGGGUACCAAGGGCGACCUUGUCACAGUUGAUGCCGGCGGUGAGACCAAGAACUGGAAGAAGGAUCUUGUUGGUCAGGUCAACCCUCCCAAGUACGAGAAAUGCGAGGACAUGUCCAAUUUGACCUACUUGAACGAUGCUUCCGUCCUGUACAACUUGAAGGCCCGUUAUGUUGAGAGGCUCAUCUACACCUACUCCGGUCUCUUCUGUAUCGCCAUCAACCCCUACAAGCGCUACCCCAUCUACACCAACCGCGUGGUCAAGAUCUAUCAGGGCAAGAGGCGUAACGAAGUACCUCCCCAUCUCUUCGCUAUCGCUGACGGCGCCUACAUGAACAUGAUGCAGCUUGGUGAUAAUCAGUCGAUGCUUAUCACCGGUGAGUCCGGUGCCGGCAAGACUGAGAACACCAAGAAGGUACUCUCCUACUUCGCCAACGUCGGCGCCACCGAAAAGAAACCAGGCGAAGCAGCCAAGCAGAACCUGGAGGACCAGAUCAUCCAGACCAACCCUGUACUGGAAGCCUUCGGUAACGCCAAGACCACCCGUAACGACAACUCCUCCCGCUUCGGCAAGUUCAUCCGUAUCCACUUCCAACCCAACGGCAAGCUGGCCGGUGCUGACAUUGAGGUCUACCUGCUGGAGAAGGCUCGCGUCAUCUCCCAGCAGCCUCUUGAGCGCUCCUACCAUAUCUUCUACGAGAUGAUGUCCGACCAAGUCAAGGAAAUUAAACCAACGUGUUUCCUCAGCAAUGACAUCUACGACUACCACUACGUGUCUCAGGGCAAGGUCACCGUCCCCUCCAUUGAUGACGCUGAGGACAUGCAGUUCUGUCACGACGCGUUUGACAUUCUGGGCUUCAGUCCGCAAGAGGUUACGGAUGUCUACAAGGUGACAGCCGCUGUCAUGCACAUGGGCGAGAUGAAGUUCAAGCAGAGGGGUCGCGAGGAGCAGGCUGAGGCCGACGGCACUGAGGUUGGAGACAAAGUUGCCAAGCUUCUUGGCGUUGAGGGUGAGGACCUGUACAGGAACAUUACCAAGCCCAAGAUCAAGGUCGGCGCUGAGUUCGUGUCCAAGGGCAUGAACGUGGAUCAGUGUUACUACUCCGUCGGUGCCCUGGCCAAGGGUCUGUUCGAUCGUGUCUUCAAGUUUCUGGUCCAAAAAUGUAACGUCACUCUUGAGACUGGCAUGAAGCGAGCCAUGUUCAUCGGCGUCCUCGAUAUUGCCGGCUUUGAGAUCUUCGACUACAACGGCUUCGAGCAGAUCUGUAUCAACUUCUGUAAUGAGAAGCUGCAGCAGUUCUUCAACCAUCACAUGUUUGUGCUGGAACAGGAGGAGUACAAGAAGGAAGGUAUCAACUGGGUCUUCGUCGACUUCGGUAUGGAUCUGCAGGCCUGCAUCGAGCUCUUCGAGAAGAAAAUGGGUCUACUCGCCAUCCUAGAGGAGGAAUCUAUGUUCCCCAAGGCCACUGACAAGACCUUCUCCGAGAAGUUGAACAAUAACCAUCUUGGCAAGACUCCCGUGUUCAUCAAGCCCAAGCCACCGAAGGCAGGUCAAUCCGAAGCCCACUUCGCCAUCGUUCACUACGCCGGUACUGUGAGCUAUAACCUGACUGGCUGGCUGGAGAAGAACAAGGAUCCCCUCAAUGACACCGUCGUCGACCAGCUCAAGAAGUCUAAUAACGAACUUAUUGUCACCGUCUUCUUAGACCAUCCCGGGCAGUCUGGUACCGGUGAUGCUAAAGGUGGUCGCGGUGCAAAAUCUGGUUCAUUCAAAACUGUGUCUUCUGGAUACAGGGAUCAGCUCAACAACUUGAUGAGGACCCUCAACGCCACUCAUCCCCACUUCAUCCGAUGCAUCGUCCCCAACGAGACCAAGUCCCCGGGUGUGACUGAGGCCGGCCUUAUCAUGCAUCAGCUCACCUGUAACGGUGUGCUUGAGGGCAUCCGUAUCUGUCGUAAGGGCUUCCCUAACAGGAUGAUCUACCAUGACUUCAAGCACCGAUACAAGAUCCUGGCUUCCAAGGAGAUGAGUGAGAUCAAAGACGACAAAAAGGCCGCUAAGGUUUGCUUCGAUAAGUCUGGCCUUGAUGCAGAGCUCUAUCGUCUCGGCAACACUAAGGUGUUCUUCCGCGCUGGUGUCCUGGGUACCCUAGAGGAGAUCCGUGACAACCGCCUGUCUUUGUUGAUCACAUGGCUGCAGUCGUGGAUCCGAGGCUUCAAGAGCCGCAAGUACUACAAGAAACUCCAGGACCAGCGUGUUGCCCUCCUUGUUGUCCAGCGCAACCUGAGAAAGUUCAUGGUAAUGCGCAACUGGGGUUGGUACUUCCUCUGGCAGAAGAUCAGGCCCACGCUCCAUGUUAGCCGCAUUGAGGACGAGAUUGAAGAGCUUGAGAAGCAGGCAGUAAAGGCUGAGGCACAAUACGAGAAAGAAGUUAAAAACCGUCUGGAACUUGAAGCUACCAAUGCUACUCUUCAAGAAGAGAGGAACAGUCUCCUGGUCGCUCUUGAUUCUACAAAAGGUGGCGUGGCAGAGUUCCUUGAUAAGCAAGCCAAGUUGCAAGGUCAAAAGGCAGAACUCGAGUCUCAGCUUGCUGAAGCCACUGAACGCCUACACAAAGAAGAGGAGGCUCGUAACUCAUUAGCCCAAGGCAAGAAGAAAUUCGAACAGGAAAUAGGCAAUCUGAAGAAAGACUUUGACGACCUUGACGCUAAAAUUCAAAGUCUGGAACAGGACAAAGCUACUAAAGAUCAGCAGAUACAUACUCUAAAUGAUGAGAUUGCUCAGCAAGAAGAACUGCUUAAUAAAAUAAAUAAGGAGAAGAAACACCUUCAAGAAUGCAAUCAAAAGACCGCUGAAGACCUUCAGAGCAUCGAGGACAAGUGCAAUCACUUCAAUAAGGUGAAAUCAAAGCUCGAGCAAAACCUUGACGAACUUGAAGAUUCUCUUGAACGUGAGAAAAAACUGCGUUCCGAGGUUGAGAAGGCCAAAAGAAAAGUGGAAGGUGACUUGAAAUUGACUCUAGAGGCUGUUGCUGAUCUUGAACGCAAUCACAGAGAGCUUGAGAAUACACUUCAACGUAAAGAUAAGGAAAUUGCUUCACUUGCCAACAAAGGUGAUGAAGAACAAGGCACUGCAAUUAAGACCCAGAGGCAAAUCAAGGAGCUUCAGGCUCGUAUUGAAGAGCUUGAGCUAGAGGUUGAGCAAGAGCGCCAGUCUCGCGGCAAGGCUGAGAAGAGCAAAGCUAUCUUGGCACGCGAACUCGGCGAACUUGGCGACCGCUUGGACGAGGCUGGUGGAGCCACCGCUGCCCAGAUCGAGCUGAACAAGAAGCGUGAGACUGAGCUAGUCAAGCUUCGUCGUGACCUCGAGGAAAUCAACAUCCAGCAUGAAUCUGCACUUAACCUCCUUCGUAAGAAGCACAAUGAUGCCGUAAAUGAACUUUCAGAACAAGUAGACUAUCUCAACAAGAUGAAGGCAAGGACUGAGAAGGACAAGGAAUCUAUUAAACGUGACGCUGAUGAUGCCAAGGCUGCCAUGGACAGCCUAGCUCGGGAUAAGGCUGCAGCUGAGAAGACAAACAAGCAACUUCAGCAACAGCUCGCCGAAGUUAACAGCCGAUUUGAUGAAGCCAACCGCACACUCAAUGACUUUGAUGCUACCAAAAAGAAGCUUGCUGUUGAGAAUGUUGAUCUUCUGCGCCAAGUUGAAGAAGCCGAAAGCCAGAUUAAUGCUCUGUCUAAGCUUAAAUUGUCCCUUACCAACCAACUAGAGGACGCUAAGAAGUUCGCAGACGAAGAGGGCAGGGAGCGUGCAACUAUUCUUGGAAAGUAUCGCAACUUGGAACAUGAUAUUGAUACUCUUCGUGAGCAGUUGGAAGAAGAGGCUGAAGGUAGAGCGGAUAUCCAACGUCAACUUUCCAAAGCCAACGCCGAGGCUCAAAUGUGGCGUGCCAAGUAUGAAUCUGAAGGACUUGCCCGCGCUGAGGAGAUUGAAGUCUCUCGAGCGAAACUUGCUGCCCGCCUUGAGGAAGCAGAAUUGCAGAUUGAGCAACUGAAUGUCAAGAACCUAAGUCUUGAAAAGAAUAAACAACGCGCUAGCGCUGAGCUCGAAGAACUACAGGUUGCAGCUGAACGCGCUCAUUCUCUAGCCAUAGCCGCUGAAAAGAAGCAAAAGAACUUUGAUAGAAUAAUAUCUGAAUGGAAACUGAAGGUUGAUGACCUUGCAGCCGAACUGGAUUCAUCCCAGAAGGAGUGUCGCAACUAUUCUUCUGAACUUUUCCGUGUUAAGUCAGCCCACGAGGAGAACAUAGAAACACUAGAUUCCGUUCGCCGCGAGAACAAAAAUCUUUCAGAUGAGAUCAAAGACUUGCUGGAUCAGCUUGGUGAAGGAGGCCGCACCUACCACGAACUGGAAAAGAACAACAAGCGCCUUGAGAUCGAGAAAGAGGAGCUCCAAGGUGCUCUAGAAGAAGCUGAAGCCGCCCUCGAACAGGAAGAAAACAAGGUGCUCCGUAGUCAAUUGGAACUCAGUCAGGUCAGACAGGAAGUUGACAGACGUGUCCAAGAGAAGGAGGAGGAAUUCGAUAACACCCGGAAAAAUCACCAGCGUGCUAUUGAAUCUAUUCAAGCUUCUCUGGAAGCCGAAGCAAAGGGCAAGGCUGAAGCUCUUCGCCAGAAGAAGAAGCUGGAAUCUGACAUUAACGAACUCGAGAUUGCCCUGGACCAUUCAAACAAAGCCAACUCAGAUUUGCAAAAGCACAUCAAGAAGCUUCAGAUCGACGUUAAAGACUUGGAACUGCGCGUUGAAGAAGAACAACGUUCUGCCUCAGAGUACCGUGAACAAUAUGGUAUUGCUGAACGACGAGCAAAUGCUAUAAAUGCUGAGCUAGAAGAGUCCCGUUCUCUUCUGGAACAAUCAGAUCGUGGUCGCCGACAGGCAGAAUCAGAGCUUCGCGAUGUCCUGGAACAAGUGAACAGCUUCGCUGCCCAAAACAAUGCACUGUCUCUAUCCAAGAGGAAGCUGGAAGGUGAAAUGACUACUCUUCAGGCUGACCUGGAUGAGAUGUUGAAUGAAUCCAGGAACUCCGAAGACAAAGCCAAGAAGGCCAUGGUUGACGCCGCCCGCCUGGCUGACGAACUCCGAGCUGAACAGGAACACGCCCAGACCCAGGAGAAGUUGCGUAAGGCCUUGGAAGUUACUCUUAAGGAACUUCAAGUUCGCCUUGAGGAAAGCGAAAGUACCGUCGCCAAGACUGGCAAGAAGGCUGUGGGUAAGUUGGAAACCCGCAUUCGUGAGCUGGAAGGCCAUUUGGAUGAUGAAUCCCGCCGUCACGCUGAUGCCCAGAAGAACCUGAGGAAGUGUGAGAGGCGCAUCAAGGAACUCACCUUCCAGUCCGAUGAGGACAAGAAGAACCACGACAAGAUGCAGGACCUUGUUGACAAGCUGCAACAGAAGAUCAGGACCUACAAGCGCCAGAUCGAAGAGGCCGAGGAAAUCGCCGCUUUGAAUUUGGCUAAGUUCCGCAAGUCUCAACAGGAACUGGAGGAGGUUGAAGGCCAUGCUUAAACAUGACCUCAUUUAUCAAUUUAUGGGCUCUAACAUUAUACGUAUUUUUCUUCAGUUUUUCAUGCACUUGAUUUACAAACAAAUAUUUAGGUGCGUAAUCAAUGAAUAUGAAAUUUGCAAAUAAUUUUAUCAUUGUUAAACUAUUGUUUAAUAAUAAAUGCUCAUAAUUAUCCUUUUAUAAUUUUAUCACCAGUUCUCGUUAUAUAGAAAUAACAUUUAAAACAUGAAAAUAAAUAACAAUUUUACUGA